GAGAGAGAGAGAGUGAGUGUGUGAAGCGAGAUAUAUUCCAUCAAACAGUAAAGAGAACCACAAAAGAAAAAGCUUGAAUCUUUGACUUCAAGCUAUACAAAGCUUUUGAUUUUGCAUCAAAAUGUCUUUCAAGAACAGAGGAGGAGUUGUUGGAGAUCACUACUUUACUCCAAGAAAUGUGAUUUCUAGAAACUCUUUGUUUUUCUUCUGCAUCGCAAGUUUCUGCCUUGGAAUGUUCUUCAGUAACAGGAUGUGGAAUGUACCUGAAGCUAGAGGCAUAGCAACACUCUCCAAACUAAGCUUAAAAUCUGGUGACCGUGUUCAAAACAAAAAUAAUGUUUUGGAAUAUGGUAACAACACUAUCGGGAUCUUAGAUAAAUCCAUAGCAAGUUUGGAGAUGAAACUGGUAGCUGCUAGAGCAGAGAGGGAGUCAUUAUCCGGGAAGUUUAACAUUUCCAAAGAAGCCAAGAAAAGAAAAUACUUCAUGGUCAUUGGUAUCAACACUGCCUUUAGUAGUAGUAAGAGACGUGACUCAAUCCGGUCAACAUGGAUGCCCCAAGGUGAGAAGCUUAAGAAACUGGAGGAAGAGAAAGGCAUCAUUGUUCGCUUUGUUAUAGGACACAGUACAUUGUCUCUUAGCUUUCUUGAGAAAGUUAUUGAAGCAGAGGAGAAAAGAUAUGGAGAUUUCUUGAGACUGGAACAUACAGAGGGAUACAUGGAGUUAUCCGCCAAGACAAAGACGUUUUUCGCUACAGCUGUUUCCUUGUGGGACGCUGAAUUCUACAUCAAAGUUGAUGAUGAUGUUCAUGUGAAUCUUGGUACUCUCAAGACGACUUUAUCAAGUCACCGGAACAAACCUCGUGCUUAUAUUGGAUGCAUGAAGUCUGGUCCUGUCCUAGCAAGAAAGGGUGUGAAGUACCAUGAACCGGAGUAUUGGAAGUUUGGAGAGAUCGGGAACAAGUAUUUUCGCCAUGCCACGGGACAGUUCUACGCCAUUUCUAAGGAACUAGCUACUUACAUAUUGAUAAACCAGGAUUUACUGCAUAAGUAUGCGAAUGAGGAUGUUUCUUUGGGAUCUUGGUUCAUAGGAUUGGACGUUGAGCAUGUUAAUGACAAUAGACUCUGUUGCAGUACUUCUGCUCAUGAUUGUCAACUAAAAGCAAUGCUUGGAGAUGUUUGUGCAGCAUCGUUUGACUGGAAAUGUAGUGGAAUCUGUCUGUCGGCCGAGAGAAUGUCUGAUGUUCAUGAACGUUGUGGUGAACAUGAAACUGCGUUGUGGACAAACUCCUGAAAAUAUAAGGAAAUAACAAAAUGUUCUUACUAAAUUAUUAAUAAUACAACAUGAUGUUACUUGGGGACUAUAAGAGAGAUUGGAAAAAAAAAACAAUAUUGUUUUAUAGAUAGUACUAUUAGUAGGGUUUUUGGGUGAGAAAAUGAAUAAAUGAAUGCAGAAAAUAGUGAGUGAAGUGGUUUAAUGAGAGGCAAUGAGUAAUGGUUAUGGUCACAUUUGGUUUGUCCUAUGACAGACAGACAGAGUCCUUAUUGUUGUGCCUUUUUAUUAAUUC